AUGCAGAAAGAAACAGAGAGAGGUCAAGAUCGUCAGGAGAGCUCGGAUGGUGACGUCGACAAGAAGGACACCAAUCGCGACCCCCUUCAGGAUCUGGGCCUAGUGGUUGGAGGUUGGACAGACGCAAGAAGCCCGGAAGCCGAGGAAGAGGUUCGCAACAUGUUCCGAGCAGCCAAGUCCGAGGAUCUCCUGGAAACUCUCUCUGGCCCGUCUGGGAGAACCAACUUCUUGAGAGUUACCCUGGCCUUCCCAGAGAAUGCCACUCUCUCUCGCAAACGCCAGAUUCAGAAAGAACUUUUGGACAAGUUGAAAGCCAUGAAGUGUACUAGCGGGAUUGAGGGUCAGGAUAAAGCUGAGCUGUGGAUCCAGAAAGAUAGGCCAAUCGAAGAACGACUGAAGAUCCGAGCCAUCGUAUUGACCAAGAACUUCUACAACAAGCUUCCCCCUUUGGCCGGGCGACCGCCUAUUUCCCCUCCCGAGAUCGUAUGGAGAGGUCAAGUGUUUGUAGGCCAAACCAAGCUUCUUCGCUGCAUGGACGAUGGUCGCAUACAUAUGGCGUCUUGGAAUUUGAGGGGGAAGUCCCUUGAAGACUUGGCUCGCGUAUGGGACAUCACUGACCUGUCAGGCACCGAUGUGAUAGCUCUGCAAGAGCUUGGGGGUCUACCCGAGAAAUGCCCGAGUUCCGACUCGGUUUUGCACCACGAAGUUUUUCUCGCAGGACGUAGUUUCACUUUCUUUUUUGCGGAUCCUUCUCACUCGUUCCGUGGGAGUGCUGUUGGUAUUCCCACUGAAUGGGUCGGCAGGGUUGAGUCUAAGAGCGCUUUUUGUACGGGUCUGGGUUUGGUUCUGAAGUUUCAAGGCACGCGACAGUUCUUUAUGACCGUUCACAUGCCACAUGAUUUGCGCAAAGAUGGUUUGCCCGUUUGGCAAACUCAAGUGGAGGAGAUCCUCGAUUUCUGUGCUACUCAUCGGUAUCAUGACCUAGUGUGUCUGUGUUCCGAUUUGAACUACGACAUUCUCGAUAUCGCAAAAGUAGACGAGAGGGGCAUUCCCUUUGGCCGGCUCCUCAGAGAACUUGGGCUCUCACACAGCAAACCUCUCUCGGCUACUUGGCGAAACACGAGAGGAGCUUCUUCUCGUAUUGAUUUCUUUCUUUUCUCGCUUCCUUCCAUGUCAGUUCGUGAUGACAGAGUACAUGUCGGGAGUGAGGAAGUCGUGGGCUCAGAUCACAGUGUGAUCACGCUCACACUUGAGACGGUGGGCAAGUCAGGCAGGCGGAAAUUCUGUAAUUCCCGCUGCGGCAAAUGGUGGACGGAUGCUCCUGCACUGGCCACUAAAUGUGAACAGCUCGCUGAGGAUCUGGAUUUGAACAUGCGAGACCUGUCCAUGUGCCACCUAGCGACGCUUUGCCAACAGACCUCCAAGCGCAUAACGAGUUGUCGCUACCAGGACUCUCCUGAACUCAAGCAACUCGCUCGUCAGCGCAGGAAUCUGCAAGGCCAGGCUGCUCGACAGCUUGCGAAACGCAUCGCCGACGAAAGAAAGGUGGCCAAGAAGCAGUGGCUCAGCGACUUACUAGCUAAGGGGGCUAGUGGGGACUUUCGAGCUCUCACAUACCUCAAGAAGCGCAACUCCUCAGCCUAUACUCAUGGUUCGUACUGUAUGCGGGCGGGAGGGUCCGUGAAAGCCAUCUCUGAUCUCCGCAUGUUCUACCGUUUGAAGUACACCCAGGAUGAUCACGUCCCGAGAGGUUUGUCCCUGGCCAUUUUCAGAGGACGAGCGGGGCCGAUCUUGGCUCCUACACCUUUCACUCUCACGGAGAUUCAAGAGGUGGCAUUUCAGUGCAAACAUAACAAGAGCACGGGAGCUGAUGGGAUCAGCUAUGAGGCUAUUCAGCUGAUCCUGCAGACUAGUUUGUCCGAGCACCUUCUUGAGCUUUUCAAUGACGUUUUGUGGGGCGUACGACCCGUCCCUCGAUCAUGGCUCUCCAACCACGUCAUUUUUCUGCCCAAAACAGCGGCUCCUGAGUGUCCCAAAGACCUCCGCCCCAUCGUCUUGUCCCCCACUGUAGCUAAAGUGUUCACCAAGGCUCUCAUGAUACGCCUCAGACCGAAGCUGCCUAAGAUCCAAGCUUUCCAAGUGGGAGGCCUGCCGGGACGACAGGCACUUGAUUCCGCUUGUGCCGUCCAACAUGCAAUUCGCUUGGCACAGCAGUACGACAAAACGUUGUACGUGGUAAAACUUGAUAUUACGGCAGCGUUCGACUCCAUAUCCCAUGAAGCGGUGGCCGCCUUCUUAGCGUCUGCUGUAGGCUCCCGCGAAGCUGAACUUUUGCUACAGGUGAUCACUGAAACAUCCGUCGACCUUAGCAUACAAGGACAGGUGGCAGGAUACAGAAAGUUCCUGGCUUGCUGA